GGAUUUAGUUCAUGAGUUAGUUGUUACCUAGAUAAUGUUUCAUCACCUGUUCUUGACCUAAAAAGAAUUAAUUUGGUCUUAUCAGGACAAAUAUUUCACAGGCUGAGCUUUUAUAUUAGCCGAGAAAUGAAUAUAUUAUACGUAUUCAGUUUUAAUGCAUUUCUUUUAAAUUUGCAGCAGUGGGAGACAUACUUAUGAAAAGAAGUGUUCGUCCCUGGCUUUUUCCAAACAUCAUAUUCAAUAACUCUGAAUACGGAAACACAGAGAGCUUUCUAUACAAAUGGUUGCAUACACAUCAAAUGAAAUUUAUAGCAAACAGAAAGAAAGAGUUCUAUUUCAAAGGAGAAUGGAUAUGCAGAUAAAUCACAAGAAAAUGAAGUUGGGCACGAUACUGUUCUUCAGGAUAUAGGCUUCUGUGUUGUGCGUUGCUGCAAAAACAUCCACAGUGAUAGAGCUUACGAAGAAUUGUAUGGAAUAUUUGGGGACUCCCAUCGUGACACCACUGUGCGAAGAUUUACAAGAAAUGAAAUAUUUAGAAUGUGUGAUCAAAGAAACUCUGAGACUCUAUCCCAGGAAUUGGACGAAGAUGUAAAACUAGAUAGUUGCCUCAUAUUAGCUGGUACAACUAUAGCAUUUUUGCCAUAUUUUAUGCAUCGCCAUCCAGACUAUUUUCCUGAACCAGAGAAAUUUGAUCCUGACAGGUUUUCUCCUGACAGAGCUCAAGGAAGGAGUCCUUAUGCUUAUAUACCAUUUAGUGCAGGUCCUAGAAACUGUAUAGGGCAAAGAUUUGCCAAGAUGGAAAUGAGAUCGCUCGUCAGCAAAGUUUUGGGGAAUUACAAAUUAUUACCCGGAACAACAGAACUUCUUUUAUGUUCUGAACUGGUUUUGAGAAGUGUUACAGGUAUAAACAUCAAG